AAGGAGUGCGAGUGUAUUGAGUAACGACACCGUGAAUGAUUGUUCUUAGUUUGAUCUUAGUAGCCUUUGUUUUGUGCAAUCCAUCUAGCGCAAGUGUACAAUGCCGAAAAAAUUGGCAACAGGUCAAACGGAUUUUUUUACCUCCUCAAUGAGCUUUAAUGUAAAAAUCGUGUUCUAUAGAAAAUCUGUUUGGCUUUCAAAUUGAUUCUUUUUGGUUUCUUAUUGGAAACAAAAUGAAACUGUUUAGUGUAGAAUAAUGUAGAAUAAGCAGAAUGCAUUAGAGCAGCGUCAGCAUUGAGGCUCUGUUUAGAGAUUCUGUUUAGAGAGCUUAAAGGAAAAAGUGCUUCUUAAAUUUAAAAGUUGCAUCAAGAGACACCAAGUUGGAACAAUUACCGAGUUUGGAAAUGAUCUCGAGCCGAUAUUGAGCUACUGGCCCUGGAACUGAUUAACAAUUCAUGUUGGUUGUAUGAUCUGGCACUUGAAAUAUGUUGUCAAGAUUCCGAAUGGGUAUAAAUGAUACCAGCCACUGAUCCCAUACUGGUCUUGGAAUCGAUUACCAACCCACAUCGGAUUUACAACUGAUUCUAAACUUUUUUCAACUCAACAACUGUAUCUGCCCUGGCUCAGACAUGGAACGAAUCGCGAACCAACCCCUUUUAGGCAAGAAAUAGUCAUCCAAGUAGUCAAGAAGUUACGCAACUAAUGAGCGUUACUUCUAGUUAGAAUUUGUAUGUCACAAACCAGCCAUGACAUCGUCGAUGAAAUCCAACUAGAGAAACUGAUCCGGCAAAGCGCUUUCUUGAUCUCGGCUAGCCCCACAAUCCCUCAUUAGCGAUGGAUCAGAUUCCCCCAUUCGGAUUGUUUGCGUGAUUGUGCAACGUAUGUUUGCAGAUUAUAAACAAAUGAUAAUGCAGGAGCGAUGGACAAAUAAUAGAGGAGCUUUGAACAUGAAACCAAACCUGCUCACCAACUCCUACCGGGAAGGACACAUGUGUUCGGUAUGCUCGCAUUAUGCAACACCGAUAACAUCAUUAUUUUUCAAUCGAAAGCAAAUACGCCAUCAACCGUACACGGUUCUGUUCCCUUCCAAAAGCCAAGCCUAUUAAUGCCUAUAAAAGAAACCAACGAACACGUGGGAAUAAGUUUGUAAAUUUGCACUCUACCCAACAACCAUACACCAGUAUGGAAUUGUGCACAGAUUUGCUACACUUGACCAGUGCUUUUCAACUGUUCCUGCAAACACUAGCCCUGGCGCACCUGUCCGGACACUAUAGUGUUUGUGUGGUGCGCAGCAUUCACGACGAUGUUCGGUUGGAGUUUCCACGCGCUAUCGUUACCGUUACGCUGGAAUCACCGUACAACACCACGGACACCACCUUCGGCGAUCGCUUGGUGCGCUCCAUCAAUGCCGGCUGUGAAGGGUUUAUGGUGCUGGAAGGGGCACUGUUUCCAUUUCUGGACCAUUUCCGGUCGGCCCACGAAGCAGCCCACUUCCGAGCGCAUAACAAACGUAUCAUUGCCACUGUGCGGCUUGGUCCAGUGGAAAGGGAACGGUUGCUCCAUCACGAUACGAUGGAAGUUACGCCCAACAUGCUGCUGGUGGAGGUAAACGAAUCGGAAGGAAUGGUUGGUCUUUACACGACGAAGUUAUCGCCGGAAAAACCGAGAGGAAUUGUGGCAGAGUUGAUGCUGCUGGAGCGGCUCCGUUUAGGCGAGGAGUUGUUGUUAGGGCUGCCGGAAUCGAUCCGAAAGUUUCCCGAUAAGCUGACCGACAUGGAGGGAAGACGUGUUCGGCUGUCCACCUUGCCGUAUCCUCCCUGCAGCGUGGCGAAUGAAGUGCCACUGGGUGAAGGAAAUGCUCGCAGUACGGUUCCGGCCAACUACUCCUUGCAGGCGGAUGGGACGGAAAUUUUGAUGGUACUGGAGCUCUGCCGUCGCCACAACUGUACGUUGGAGAUUGAGCUUGUUGCCAACUCGGAAUGGGGCCAGGUGUACCCGAAUGGUUCGGCCGAUGGUUUGAUAGGAUCAUUGAUCGAUCGUCGAUCGGAUGUUGCCGUGGCUGCAAUAUACCGUUGGUACAACUGGUACCAGUACAUGACAAUGUCGGCCUACACUGGUCGAUCGGGCAUCUCCGCGCUUGUACCGCGGCCCCGUCUCCUACCCUACUGGCAGACACCGUUCCUGUCGUUCCCGCCAAGCCUCUGGCUAAUGGUGGCCGUUUCAUUCUGCGUGGGAACGGUUGCCGUGUUCCUUACCGAGCACGCCCGUCACCACAUACGGCCGCUUUCCGGUUCCACCAGUCACAACAACAGGCUGAUCGAUUCCAUCUUCUUCAUGGUGAGCUUGUACGUGGAACAGUCCGUCCCGCUGCCGAACAGUUUGCUGGCGGGUUCGAUGCUGCUUACCUUUCUCCUCUUUGGAGGGUUCAUGAUCGGUAACAGCUAUGCCGGGGCGCUGGCCUGCGUGAUGACGAUUCCCCGGUACGAAAAGUCCAUCGACACGCGGGCCGACUUUGCCGCCAGCGGGAUGAAAUGGUCCGGCCCGACGGUUGCGUGGAUGAACUCGCUGCUGAUGGCGGAACAGCCGGAGCUGGUAACGAUCCGGAACCGGUACGAGGUGCACGGUGGCGAUACGUUGGCCCGCUACUCGCACACUCGGCGCGAUAUGGGUUACGUGCACGAGCGGCUGCAGUACGGGAGCUAUGCGCUGGAGUCGUUUAUCAAUCUGAAUGCCACGCGCUUGCUGCAACCGCUCAAGGAGGACGUGUUUUGGGAGCAGAUCGUAACGGCGUGCAGCAAAACGUGGCCACUGAUGGGGUACUACGACGAUCUGAUACUGCGCGUGCAGCAGAAUGGCAUUCUGCGCUACUGGGAGCUGGGGAGCGUUAUCCGGAACAUGGGGCUGGAGAUUCAGCGCAAUUUAGCGAACGCACGGGUGCAGGACUCGGACCACGAGCCGGUGAAGCUACGGAUGGCACAUUUUCUCGGCGUGUUUUUCAUACUGUUCGUGGGGCUCAGUCUGGCGAGUGUUAUUUUCUUAGCGGAGCUGGUGGUGUAUCGGGCGAAUUCCAAUUUGACUACGAAGCAAAAAGUGGAAGUAGAAAGUGUAGAUUAGAAUGUUGGGGAAGGUUUUUCUGAUUGGAGUUUUAGUUUCUUCUUUGUUAUUCAAUCUUAUUAAGAAUGCUUGUUAGAAUCAUUCAGAGCUCUAAGCUCUAAAUUCAAGUUUAAGUAUUCCUAAUUUGAAUUUAGAUGUUCUAGCUUUACGUUAAAAGCACUAUUAUGUUCAUUGUA